AUGAACCCAAGAGAGCACUGUAAGGUAGUUACAUUGAGGAGUAGAAGAAUUUUAGAAGAGUCAGAGGAAGAACCAACUGAGAGAACCUCUGAUAAAUCUGAAAACCAAACAAAGGAGAAAAAGGAAGAAGCUAAAGAGAAUCAAGAAGAGGAAGCAUGGAAGAAAAAGAAGCUACCAGAACCAUAUCAGCCUCCUCUACCCUUUCCACAGAAAUUCCAGAAAGCCAAAUUGGAUAAGCAGUUUGAAAAGUUUCUAGAAGUUUUGCAGAAACUCUAUAUAAACAUUCCUUUUACAGAAGUACUCUCUCAAAUGCCAUCUUAUGCCAAGUUUCUCAAAGACAUUUUAUCAAAGAAAAGAAGGCUAGAGGACUAUGAGACUGUUGCUCUUACAAAGGAAUGCAGUGCCAUAUUGCAGAACAAGCUGCCACCAAAACUCAAGGAUCUAGGAAGCUUCUCCAUACCUUGUCUUAUCAGUAGCAUGAAUAUAGACAAAGCCCUCUGUGAUCUAGGUGCAAGUGUGAGUCUGAUGCCUUUGUCAAUAUGUAAGAAGCUUGAUGUGAGGAAACUUAAGCCUACAACAAUUUCAUUAUAA